AUGGCGAAGGGAAAGCAUGCGCAUACCCGAGCGCAGGGGAAGAAGUGGUCCACGUUUUCGCUCUUUUUGUGGACACUUUUCUUCCUCACUCUUAUCCUCGUCGUGCUUCUCGCUCUCGGCAUUGUUUAUCUUCCAACUACCGACGACGAUUUUCCAACCGCGGAUCUCACCGCUUUUAGGCGCAAGACCUCUCAAAGUGGUGAGAGUUUGGUGGAGAAACCGGAGCAGUGGACCGAAAUUCUCUCCUGGGAGCCAAGAGCGUUUAUCUAUCACAAUUUUCUGUCGAAAGAAGAAUGCGAGUACCUGAUUGAACUUGCCAAACCUUACAUGGUAAAAUCUAGUGUUGUUGAUAGUAAGACUGGGAAGAGUACAGAAAGCAGGGUUCGAACUAGUUCAGGAAUGUUUCUGAAGAGAGGAAAGGACAAAGUUGUCCAGAAUAUAGAGAAAAGAAUUGCUGACUUUACCUUCAUACCUGUAGAGAAUGGAGAAGGACUUCAAAUUCUUCACUACGAAGUAGGCCAAAAAUACGAGCCUCACUAUGAUUACUUCCUUGAUGAAUUCAACACUAAGAAUGGAGGCCAACGUAUUGCUACAAUUCUUAUGUACCUUUCAGAUGUUGAAGAAGGUGGUGAGACUGUAUUUCCUGCUGCCAACGCAGAUUUUAGCUCUGUGCCAUGGUGGAAUGAUUUAUCCCAAUGUGCAAGAAAGGGUCUCUCCGUGAAACCAAAAAUGGGUGAUGCUCUGCUAUUUUGGAGCAUGAGGCCUGAUGCCACACUAGAUCCAUCUAGUUUACAUGGUGGUUGCCCAGUGAUUAAAGGAAAUAAAUGGUCCUCAACAAAGUGGUUGCAUCUUCAUGAGUACAAGGUUUGA